AUGCCGGACAGGAGAGGCGCGACGGUGCUGGACAACCUGCCGGACGAGAUUGUCGUCCACAAGAUCCUCAUCAGCCUGCCGCCCAAGGACGUUGGCCGCUGCCGCGCCGUUCGCAGGUCCUGGCGCGACGCCACCACCACGCCCGAGUUCACGCUCGCGCACCACCGCCGCCAGCCCUCUCUCCCCAUCGUCGACGGGCUCCCCUCCCGCUUCGUCGUCCUCCGUGCUGGCAGCGGCGACGGCGCCGUCUCCGACCAGCAGCUUUGGGCCUUCCACCCGAACCACACACUCAGUGGCUCGAUCUGCCUACACGCCGCCACGGAUGGGCUCCUCGUUGUCUCACACGGAUGCCGGUUCCACAUCUACAACCCGGCCACCUGCCGGCACGCUCUGCUGCCGCAGCCCGAGCAUAGUCUCCCGUGCCACAACAUACUCGGCCUCUACCGGCACGGAGCAACCGGGGGAUACAGGUUGCUCUGGUCUUCAACGAGGGGGCAUGAAACAACGUUGCACGUUGUCACUGUGGGAUACAAUGAGUCGAGGAGCGUUAGGGUCACAAUGCCGUCCUCGCCUUCCCUAGAGCAGGCAGUGAUCCAGGGGCUACCCCGGGACACCCAUUACACCGGCGCCGCCACCGAUCAUCCGCCGGUCCACUACCGUGGCAAUCUGCACUGGAUGCGCAGACAUCGUGGCGCCACGGACAAAGCAGACAUCGCGGACAUCAUCGUGUUCGACACACAAGCCGAGUCGUUCUGGUUGAUACACGCCCCUGUCAAGCUUGCUUAUUUGGAUAAGCUGUUCGACAUGGAGGGGAAGCUUGCUCUGUACAGCAUCGACCACCGCCUCACCGCUAUAAAUGUCUGGGUGAUGCAGGACUACGAGGCCGAGAUCUGGACCUUCAAAUUCCGAAUUGAUGUGUCAACGGUGGAGGCAUCACGGCAACUUUACUUAACUUCUUACAAGAAGAAGAAGAAAGGCAUCACGGUGGAGGCAUCACGGCGCCCGGGUGGUGCCGUUCCCUCGUUGGAGGCGCCGUUUUGA